ACCAAUGUCCACACUCUUGCACUAACCUACGGUAAUACAAAUAAAGCAGCCUGAUAACAUUGGCUCGUUUAAUUUCUGUUGAUGAGAGACGGAAGAAAUGCACAUGCGACUUCAGAUAAUCUUCAUUUUCAUGUUUCUCCUGCAAGCAUGGAGACCAGCUUUGGCACAGACAGCUGAACCAGAGCAACCAGACUCAAGAGGAAUUCUGGAGCGACUAGCAGAGAGAGCUGGGCAAGCCAGAUCUAAAAUCAAGUCUGUUGGGGAGACAGUGAUGGGCUUCGCUGGUGCUUAUUAUGAAGACCAUAUCCAACCAGUGGCUGGAACCUAUGUUGAGUGGGCCUCUAACAUGAGAAAUUCACUAUGGGAGAAAGUUCGGACAGCAGUUGGAAACUACAUGCCAUCUUCCAAUUAAUCCACACCAUCAAACACAUAAAAAUGAGAAAAGUUGAGAUCAUCAACUUUUUCUUCUCUUUUCUGUGAUUUGCUCUACAUUUCUACUCUUUUCCUAAGAGCCCGGUUAACUGUGAAAAAUGAGGUUGGAAUAAAAUUAAACAUAAUUCAAACAAC